GUCUGUCAUGGACAAGCCCUGACAAGAACGUGUCAGUUAAAGCUAAUGUUAUGCAUGGCAAGUCAGCAACCAAAAGGUUUUCUUUGCAAUGGUAAUGUAAAAGUUAAUGUCGGAUUGCCCCCAGAUGCAGUAUUUAACAUGGUGACCGACCCUGGUAACAGAUUGUUCAAUAGUAUUAAGGUAAUUAAUUGUCCAACAAGCAAGGUUUUAUUUUCUAAAGGUCAAAGGUUGGUGCUUGAAUAUGAACAAAGCAGCUACACGGAGUGUCCUGUUCUGGAGAAGUUCAAACUAAUCAAAAACCAGGUCCUGCCAAGAUUUGAAGGCUGCUGGAAAGUGGCAAUAGAUCCUCUUUUUGUGGAUGAAGAAACCUGCUUCCCUACUGAACCUAAAACGUUGGCGGACUAUUAUUCAUGUACAAACGGUGAAGGAAGGAUUGGAUCAAUGGUUGAACUGACCCGUCCGGCCGUCCCCCUCGCAUUUCUAGCUGGAGGCUGUGGAGAAGUAGCUCCAACACCAUGGAGAUGGAGAUGCUGAAAAAAGUCUGAUUGCUGAAGCUGCCAGAAUCAGGAGGGAUUUCAACAUUGUCAAUUCUAAGAAGACCUUAGAAUAUCUGUGGGUAUAAAUGAAGAACAGCAUG